AUGCGAUUACCCUCACAACGACGCCGGGCGGCGCGACGCCCCCAUCCGCUGCGCUCGAGCAUUGCGUCGCUGGCAAUCAUUGCGCCCUCGCUUUCACACGCCUUCAACAUCACAGCAGCUCCCUCUGCGAACCUCGAUUUCUCCCAGCUGGGGAGCAUAGGCAUUGCCGGAGACUUCAAGGGAAUUUCGCUCUACCAGUUUCAGGAGCAGAUCGCACAGCCCCUGAGCACAAACGGCAGCGAAUACCUGCUGACGCAGCUACCCAAUGGCGCCCUCGCUCCCAUUGCCGCAACCGACGCGUCGAUUUUGGCCAUGUGCUCAGUGACGCUCAAAGAUGGUGCCGAGGGUGUCUUGUUGGGUGGUAAUUUUACCAGUAUGGAUGGUAUCAAGUCGACGGCCAUUGCCCUCUAUAAUGCCAACACAACCACGUUUACGCCGCUUGAAGGGCUCGAGGGCGAGGUCAAUGCACUGCUGUGCGACGAUGCCAAGGGAAUAGUCUACGUGGGCGGAAACCUUAAGGGGGGUAACUCGACAAAUGCUAUUGCGUGGAAGGUUGACGGCAACUUCACCAACCUGCCUUUUGCUGGUUUCAAUGCCCCGGUGAGCUCCAUUACAAAGGCAUCCAACGGCCACAUCAUUUUCGGCGGGAGCUUCACUGGCCUGGGCAACGUUACUGCGCCAAACAAGGCGGAUGGACAGGCAAUCAAUCUUUCUACCGCCAAUAUAUCCGCUGACAAUACUGCUUCGACCAAGGGCUUCGACGAUCCCAAGAAUGUCGUCUGCUCAGAUGGUCUUGGGGGCUCAGGCAAGACUUGGUUGGUCCAGGACGAGGCUCCUGGCUCCUGGCAGGCCACCUUUGACUUUGGAUUUGAGCCCACCAAGCUGCGGCUAUGGAAUACGCAUCAAGAUGGACGAGGCACAAAAACGUUCCGCUUUGUCGCCUUACCAAUUGACGGCAUCAUGAACUUCACUUACAUCGAUCCUGCUACAGGAAAAAACUCGAGCUGCACAAGCGAGUGCCCGUUGAGCCACGACCCCAAGGUUCAGUUCCAAGACUUUCAUUUCGUCAAUAGCAUUGGCAUGAACUCUUUCCAAAUCGACAUAUCAGAUUGGUACGGAAAGGGAGCUGGUCUCAAUAGUGUGCAACUGUUUGAGGACAACAUGUUCUCCUACGCCAUCAACACUUUCAACGAGCCAGCGUGCAACAUUACCUUCCCUUCCAGCUCCACCGCAACCGGGCCUUGGAAGCAGUCGCCUUCUUUGCAGAGCGAUUCAAAGUACCUGACCGCACAGCUUACCGGCCCCAUUUCGUCCAAAUCAGCAUCCGUCGUCUUCGUGCCCAACAUCAUCGAAUCCGGCAACUACUCCAUCAACAUGUAUACCCCAGGCUGCGUUCCCGAUGGCUCGUGCCAGACUAGAGGUCGCGUCAAUAUCACCGGCAUCAUGUCGAGUGGCACCAUUCAAUCAAACUUUACAACUUCCAUCUACCAGACCAACAACUUUGACAAGUAUGAUCAGAUCUUUUUUGGCUACAUCGAAAGAACCUCAGACACCUUCAAGCCGAAAGUCACACUCAGCCCCCUCGAUGGCCAAGACUUGACUGAAAUGACCUUUGUUGCUCAAAAAGUCGGCUUCACCCUUCUCAACUCGACUGGAAACCUCAACGGCCUCUUCGACUUUGACCCAAGUCAAGUAAAGAUCGACGCAUCUAGCCUUGACGACUCGGCAGUCAACCAGCUUGGUGCAAGCUUCGAUCAUAAUACGGGCGUCAACUCUCUCGCAACGUCUGGAGACGUCACUUAUAUCGGCGGCAACUUUACUUCGGAUGCGCACCAGAAUUUUGUGGCCAUCGACACCAGCGGUAAGAUCAUGCCUCUCAACGGGGGGCUCAACGGUCAAGUGCGGGACAUGUACCUCCAAGACACGAAGCUGUUCGUAGGUGGAGACUUUACAAACCUGCGAUCCAACGGGAAAAGCGGUUUGAACCAUGUGGCGGUUUAUGACACCGAGAGCCAGGCCUGGAGCCCAUUGGGUGCAGGCGUCAAUGGCAGGGUUGAGCAGGUUGUGGCAUUCCAGGUCAAUAUCAGCAGCGUGACCGAGGAUGCCAUUGCCCUGACGGGUUCCUUCACCGAGUGUGAAGCAUUUAGCGGCUCUGGAGCACUUCCUGUCAACGGCUUUGCGGUUUGGAUUUUAUCAAGAGACAACUGGCUACAGAAUCUGGAUGGCCCAACUCCGGACUUUGGCGGAAUGCUCACAGCCUCUCGAGUGAACCUCACCACUGGCAAUUCCCUCUUCGCAGGCUCCAUCGAGUCUUCUCAACUAGAGGCCAAUGGUGCCGUGACGCUGGGUGACCCAGGAUUGGGUCAAUUCCCGGUUCAUAUCCAGCCCGGUAGUCAAUCGACCGGCAACAAGCGACGAGAUCUCUCUCCGGAGCCCACGUCUGGUGUUCUCACGGGAGCCUUUUACACUGGAAACAGUAGCAACAGCAACAUCACAGUCCUCGCCGGUCACUUCUCUGCUCGGGCUUCUGAUGGCUCUACCAUCAAUAACUUGGUGUUCAUUGAUGGUGCCAACAACAACUCCGUCAGCGGACUCGAGUCUGGCAUAUCCUCAUCUUCAGUCUUCACAAGUGUCGCUUUUCACGGAAGCGUCCUCUUCGCAGGUGGAAAUGUCACUGGCAAUGUUGACGGUAGCAGCGUCAGCGGGCUUAUCGCCUACGAUGUUGCUUCCAAAUCAUUCUCCAGCCAGCAACCUGCGUCGCUCCUAGGCGGGAAUCAGACACUGUCCGUCGUCACCGUUCGACCUGACACUUCGGAGAUUUACGCAGGCGGCUCGUUCGAGAAGGCCGGCGCUCUGGACUGCCCUGGUGUUUGCACAUAUGAUGCCGACACUGCUCAAUGGUCAAGACCUGGCAGCACCCUGGCUGGACGAGUCAGCAGCUUCAUGUGGUACAGCAAAUCUCAACUCAUUGCCGGUGGUGAUUUGCGUACCAACGGAACCAGCACAGGAUUCCUUGCCCUGUACGAUGCCAACAAGCAGGUUUGGACGGACUUUGCCGGCGCCAGUCAGAUCCCCGGCCCCGUCAACGCCAUCACAGCCGGCUCGAAUGACAACAGUCAGAUCUGGAUCUCCGGUAACUCGCCCAACGGAUCUACCUUUAUUAUGAAGUAUGACGGCAAACAAUGGCAGACCCCUCAGCUGCUACCGCCUUCGGGCAGCGUUGUCCAGAGCUUGCAGGUUUUUACAGUGACUCAGGCCCACGCCAAAUCAAAUCUCUUCGAUGACCGGGAGGUAUUGAUGCUCACGGGCUCCAUCCCUUUCCCCAAUGUCGGAAUGGCCUCGGCUGUUAUUUACAACGGCACCGACUACCUGCCCUAUGCUCUUACCAGCACAGACACUGGAGCCGGAAGCAUUGCCAGAGUAUUCUCGCAAAAGGACAACUUCUUUACUUCUAGCGGUAAACACUUGCCUCUUGUCUUCGUUGUCCUUAUCGGCCUCGCCAUCUCGCUGGCACUCAUAGUCAUCCUCGUCGUUUCGGGAAUCGUACUAGAUCGGAUACGCAAGAAGCGCGAAGGAUAUACACCAGCACCCACCUCCAUGUAUGAUCGUGGAAGCGGUAUUCAACGGAUACCGCCGCGUGAACUACUUGAACAGCUUGAGAGAACCCGGCCUGGGGAGGCACCGCACGUAUGA